GCUGCAGAAAAAUCCGAACAGUUCCGUAUUUUGUAAACAUGGCAAGAUGGCAGACGCUGACAGCGAUUUAGAGAAUAAUUUUCCCAUUAAUAUUUAUUCUCCGAUUGACCCAAGGUUUAAUAAUUACAAUGCAAAUUACAGACAAAAUGUAAAUGAAAGUAGAGAUCAAACUGUCACCUCUGAAAAUUCGAUAAUAAGCGGUUCAUACCCUUAUGAUACCAGGUUUUCUUCUACAGAUGUUGACUUUUCUAAGUCUCCAUAUGACAGACAGAGGUUAGACAGUCAGUCGUCUAUAGUAGAUGGUCUUCUAUCGGAGAUUUAUGAUCGGUGGCAUGAUCAUAGACAUGACAGCUUCGAUAGCGAUACAUUCACCGAGUGUUCAAGCACCUCAGAGUUUAUGCACUGGAGGCGUCAUUCAGUACACCUCAAGAUAGCUGGUCGGUCCCUUGGUCAUCUCCAUCGUGGUAUUCUACAAGAUUAUGGGUUGAAAGAUUUGAGGAGUUUGUUGACAGAUAUAUCUCGUCAUGUGAGCCAGAUGUCAGCGAGACUGGUACGUCAGCUGAAACGUCGAGAACGUAGGAUGUCAAAACUACAGAACAAUUGUGACAUAGUGACAGCUAUAAUACAAGCAUCUUCUCCAAAAAGACGUAAGUGAAAUAAUAAAUGUAGUUAGUAUAAUGGGUACUUUGCAGCAAAAUCGGGUUUAAUUUUAUAUGCCUAUAUUUUAGC